UAGUAGUAUUUACCUGGUAAGUUUGGAUAUUAUUAGCUUUGAUUAAAAACAAAAUAAAAAGUGGAUAUUACCCGACCCGCACUCCGCUUAUCACUACCAUCAUCUCCCGGCACCAGCUGCUUACACCUCCGCACGCAUCUUUCUCUUUCUCUCAGGUACUAGAUAUACAGUUCACCUAUUGAAGUACUCUGUGGAAUGGAAGAAUCGUCAUUUUUGGACCGAAUGAUUGGUCAUCUUCGGGGAACUUGCAAGUACUAUACUGGUUAUCCAAAGGAUCUUGGACCAUCACGGGUUGUUCAUUUCACCUCCGAGCGUGAGUUUGUCAAUCUCCUUCAUGAAGGGUUUCCCGUGGUUGUUGCUUUUACUAUCAGGGGGAAUUACACAGAACAUCUUGACAAAGUAUUAGAAGAAGCUGCUUCUGAGUUUUAUCCACAUGUAAAAUUUAUGCGUGUUGAGUGUCCAAAGUAUCCUGGAUUUUGUAUAAGUCGGCAGAAAAAGGAGUACCCAUUCAUGGAAAUAUUUCAUAGUCCAACACAUGUGGCUAACCAGGGUAGGGUAGCUGAUCCAAAUAUUACUAAAUACAAUGUGAAAGUCAUGCCUUUCAACUACGAUAUCAGUGUUUACGGGUUUAGAGAAAUCUUCAAGCGCUAUGGGAUCCGGGCAUCAGAUAUGAAGUAAGGCUCUAGUAGGAAGGUUUUAUCUUUCAAAUAAUAAGGAGCCACACCAGAUUAUACUACCUAUUUUAUCAAAUUGUAAUUGUAUAUCAUCAUAAGUUACAACUUCAGGCCAGUAGAUGGCAAAUUAUAAUUACCUGUUUUGUUGAUGUCUCAACCCUUAAAUAUAAUUUGGUUCAGUCCAGUCAUGGAAAUGUUCUAUUCAUUCCUUCA